AUGGAAGAAAAUGAAAUAUGGAUGAAUCAAAUAAUUAAACAAGUGAAUAAAAUGAGUAUUAUUCCACAUUAUACGAUUAAUAAAAUUCCUAUAGACAAGAAUGUCAUCUAUCUUAUAUAUGAAGAAAAUGAAAUAACGAUGGAAAUAAUAGAAAGAAUAGGAGUAAAAGAAUUUGAGAUAAUAAAAUAUGACAAUCAAGGAGUUAAUUAUAUAGUUGAAAUUAAAGAUGAAAAAAUGUUUAAUGAGUUUAAAAGAAAAAUGGUAAAAAAACAAGAAAGAGAAGAAGAUAAUAAAGAUAUAUAUAAUAUCAUUGAAAUGAUUAAUAAAAAAGAAAUAAUUAAUAAAAUGAUAAUUCAUAUUUCAAGUAGUAUUAAUAAAGAAAGAAAAGAAUAUAAUCAAAAAGAAAUAAUACAAGAAUUUAUAUAUUCAACAAAUGAUUAUUGUAUAGUCAAUUUAAAAAGAAAUAAUGAAAAUAUAAUUAAUGAUUUAAUGAAAAUACGAAUGAAUGACAUGUUUUCAAAAUAUUUACCAACAAAACCUUUUAGUUGUAUUAUAUUUAAAAAAUCUUCACUUUAUCAAAUUAUUCCUUUUUCAAAUAAACUUAAUGGUUAUAUUAUCACUAUUCCUCAAAAUUAUUUUUAUAAUCAAAAUUGUUGGGAAUUUUAUGAACGUCCUCCUUUUUAUUUAACAACACCUGCUACUAUUUUAUUAUCUUCUAAUUAUCUUAUAGGAAAUAAUUUAUUUAUUAGUAAAUGUGAAUGUCCUAUAAUUAAUAUUAAUCAUUUCUUUGCUUUUAAAGAAAGACGUUUAUCUUAUAACUCUGAUAUUUUAUGGGUAAUUAAUACUAUUGAAAAACAAUUGAUUGCUAAACAUAUUGCUUCGAAAUUUUCUCCUCUUUCUUUCUCUAUUUUAUCUCAACGUCUUUUUAUUCAAACUGAUAUGAAACUCCCUCGAACUCUUAAAAUUUCUGACCUUCUCACUUUAUCAUCUUCUAGAAUUGCUAUUCUUGAACCUUGGAUUGAUAAUCUUUCCUCUUGUGUUAAUACCAUUGAUUUUGUUGCUCUUCAACAUUGGUCUUAUUUCUAUACUUCAAAACGUCUUUUAUUUACUUCAUUGCUUUCUUCUCAUUCUUUUUCUCUUAAUCCUGACUCUCCUUCUUUUGCUACAAACGUUCAUCUAGCUCAUGAAAGUCUUUCCAAAUUUUUCUUUGCAAACUAUGGUUCUUAUCCUGAGCUUCAAUCCUAUCUUGUUUCUCAUCACUGCAAUUCUUUAUGUUCUUCUUUUCCUCUUUAA